UUAUACUUUUCACUCUUUUCUUAUCACCUCCCCACUUUCUCUUUCUGGAACAUUUUAAUCUCUCUCCGUCUCUCUCGCUCAAAAUCUCUCUCGUUCUAGGGUUUGGAAACAGGUUUGAUCAGGUGAUAUACAAAGAUGGCGACGAUGGAGAGUUUGAUAGGGCUGGUGAACAGAAUACAGAGAGCGUGUACGGCGCUGGGUGAUUACGGGGGUGCUGAUAACGCUUUCUCUUCGCUUUGGGAUGCUCUUCCUUCUGUUGCUGUUGUUGGUGGUCAGAGUUCUGGAAAAUCUUCAGUGUUGGAAAGCAUAGUUGGGCGAGACUUUCUUCCUAGAGGAUCUGGGAUUGUCACAAGGAGACCAUUGGUGUUGCAACUACAACAGACUGAUAAAGGCCAGCAGGAGUAUGCAGAGUUUGGUCAUUUGCCUGGACGGAAGUUCAAAGAUUUUGGCAUGGUUCGCCAGGAAAUCCAGGAAGAAACUGAUAGAAUUACUGGGAGGACAAAAAUGAUUUCUCCUGUUCCUAUCCAUCUCAGUAUUUACUCUCCAAAUGUUGUCAAUUUAACCUUAAUUGAUUUGCCUGGUUUGACGAAAGUUGCUGUUGAGGGACAAUCUGAAAGUAUAGUUGAAGAUAUUGAAAACAUGGUUCGAUCAUUUGUUGAGAAGCCUAACUGCAUCAUACUGGCAAUUUCUCCCGCCAACCAAGAUAUCGCAACUUCAGACGCUAUUAAGCUCGCAAAGGAAGUUGAUCCAGCAGGUGAACGGACAUUUGGUGUGUUGACAAAGCUUGAUUUGAUGGAUAAGGGAACUAAUGCCUUAGAUGUUCUUGAGGGAAGAGCUUUGAGAUUGCAGCAACCAUGGGUCGGUAUCGUGAACCGCUCACAGGCUGAUAUAAAUAAGAAUACUGACAUGAUGUCUGCAAGGAGGAGAGAACGUGAAUACUUUGCUACCAGUCCUGACUAUGGACACUUGGCCAGUAAAAUGGGUUCAGAAUAUCUUGCUAAACUUCUGUCAAUGCAUUUGGAGUCUGUGAUCAAGACAAGAAUACCGAGUAUCAUUUCUAUGAUUAACAAAAGCAUUGAUGAAUUAGAAUCUGAGCUGGACUACCUUGGCAGGCCUAUUGCUCUCGACGCAGGGGCACAACUAUACACUAUACUGGAACUUUGUCGUGCUUUUGACAAAGUAUUCAAGGAGCAUUUGGAUGGAGGGCGUCCUGGGGGUGAUCGAAUUUAUGGAGUUUUUGACAACCAGCUUCCAGCAGCAUUGAGGAAGCUGCCUUUUGAUCGCCAUCUUUCUUUACAGAAUGUAAGGAAAGUUGUCUCAGAGGCUGAUGGUUACCAACCCCACUUAAUUGCCCCUGAGCAAGGUUAUCGGCGCCUUAUUGAAGGAUCAUUGAAUUAUUUUAGGGGCCCAGCUGAAGCUUCAGUGGACGCUGUUCACUUUGUUUUAAAGGAACUUGUGAGGAAGUCAAUUGGAGAAACUAAGGAGUUGAAACGAUUUCCAAGUCUGCAAGUUGCAAUAGCUGGUGCGGCUGGUGAAGCACUGGAGAAGUUCCGCGAGGAAAGUAAGAAGACAGUUGUACGAUUGGUAGACAUGGAGUCGUCAUACUUGACUGUGGAUUUCUUCCGAAAGCUUCCCCAAGAAGUGGUAAAUCCAGGAAAUCCGGGGCAGUCAGGAACUCCUGUUUCCACAAAAAUGGACAGGGGAAACCCGGCUGCUUCAAGAGGGGAAAGAGGAGUAACCCCUGCCGCCAUAAAUGUGGACCGCUAUGCAGAGGGGCACUUUAGGAGGAUAGGGUCAAAUGUAUCAUCUUAUAUCAAUAUGGUCUCUGAGACUCUCAGGCAUACAAUCCCCAAGGCUGUGGUUUAUUGUCAGGUCAAGGAAGCCAAACAGUGUUUGCUGAAUUACUUCUAUACACAGAUUGGAAAAAAAGAGGGGAAGCAGCUGGCUGAGUUGUUAGAUGAAGAUCCGGCCUUGAUGGAGAAAAGGCUACAGUGUGCGAAGAGGCUUGAGUUGUACAAGGCUGCAAGGGAUGAGAUAGACGCUGUAGCAUGGAUUCGAUGAGAGGGAUGCAUGUCAAUAACUCAUUGUAUAAUAUCGCACUUCAGAUAAAAUGCAGAUUGUAGAAUGGUUUUGUAGUUCAUGAUUCUUGUAUUUGUUUUGUAUUUAGUGUGCAUCGUGUUCCAUUUUGUUGUGUAUUAUACACGGCCCUACAGGGGAGUCUUUUGUAAAUCUCCAAGUACCGAAACUACUUCACAAAUGGAAAUCAACUUAUGUGUGCUUGACAUCUA